GGAAGUUUACAGCGUCUCCUUUUUUUAUUGGACGUCUGCUCGAUAUAGUUCCGCCUUUUCUUUUACGUUUGUCCAAUCAGUGUAAGGGCAACACGGUGGCUCGUCGGGACCUGUGAGAGGGUAAAGUCGCUGCCAGGCUGAGGUGUCGGGAUGGCGAGUCUGUGGAUGGGCGAUCUGGAGCCCUUCAUGGAUGAGACUUUCAUCACUCUCGCCUUUGCCUCUAUGGGAGAAACCAUCGCUGCUGUUAAAAUCAUUCGCAACAGGAUGUCUGAAGGUCUCCCCGGUUACUGUUUUGUACAAUUUGCAGAACCAGAAGCUGCAGAGAGGUGUUUGCUGAAACUCAAUGGGAAACCUUUGCCUGGCGCUUCCUAUAACAAGCGUUUUAAGCUCAACCGCGCAUUCUAUGCCAAACCGCUAGAUCCCAGCCAAACCCCCAGAUCACUGAUGUCUCAAGCAAAUGACUAUACCCAGGCCUUUAACUACUACAGCCAGCAGUAUCCACAGAUGUAUUCCAACUGGAACCAGAAAAGCGGAAAUUACAAUUAUCAACAAUAUGGAGACAACUCCAGUACCUGGCAGGUCCCAGAGGAAACGGCAGAAACUGCAGAUGAAGCUCUGGAAGAUCCAGUGCUCCAGCUGGACAUUAACGAGGCUAAUAAGCAGUUUAUGGAGCAGAGUGAAGAACUAUACACUGCACUUAUGGACUGUCACUGGCAGCCACUGGACACCGUCAUGUCCAAAAUCCCAACAGAUAUGUGACCCAGUAAAGACACUGGACUAAAUCAGACAGUAGCCAGUGAGCCCAGGGCUAGUGGUGCAUUGUAUGACUCAAUGAUUCAGAUACAAACAUUCAGUACUUUCACUUCCAAGUCAACAGAGGGAGCAAUUUGGAACAUGAGUGAGUCACACCUCAUUGUUGAAUCUUAUUUAGUCCUUUUAUUUACAUUUGUAUAAACCUGGAACAGACUUCUCUGCAUUGUGUGGCUUGUGAUGUUCAGGGUUUCUAUUGUUUUACUGAUACCUUUUGUAUGAGUUCAGCAACACUCAGUUCUGUAAAGAUGAUAAAAUUCACUAUUUUACUA